AUGCGUUGGAAAGGAAGUGUAAUUGCGAAGAACAUCAUUCGCGAGACACCGGAGCACGAAUAUGCUUGCUUGCCAUCUUUUUCCCAUAUGGUAGAGUUAUUGAAUCCAGGGUCUUCCUACUCUAUCAUGGUAAAUCAGAUUAAUGGAUCAUUCAUUUACUAUUUCUUAGCAUUCAGACCUUACAUACGAGGAUAUCCCCACAUGAGAAAGGUAAUUACCGUUGAUGACACAUAUUUGUAUGGAAAGUACGGGGGUGUGUUGCUGAGUGCAGUUGCACAGGAAACCCAAAAUCACAUCUUUUCAAUUGUCUUUUGUGUCGUCAAUAAAGAGAACGAUGCUUCUUGGACCUUCUUCUUCCAGAAGUUGAAGUAUAUCGUAGAAGAUGAACCAGAUCUAUGUGUCAUCUCCGACAGGCACGUCAACAUUGCCAAUGCCUUCUUCCGUGUUUACAGUCGUGCACAUCAUGGAUUUUGCAUGAGGCACCUCGCUAAAAAUCUGCGUGUGUAUACUGUUGAUAAGUUUAGCGAGCAUUUUUCUGAAUUGAAGAAUAAUAACCCUGAGGCAGCACAUGUACUUGAAAAUGUGCUUCGUUUUGAGAAAUGGAGCAGAGCACACUUCCAGGGCAAUAAGUACGAUGUGAUGACCACAAACAUCGCCGAGUCGCUCAACUCGGUGUUCGGCUAUGAUGUUACUGCCAAGGUCAAUCUAUUGGAGAGAAGUUCUUGUUGGAAAUUUGACUUGGUGAAAAUGUUGUACGAACAUGCGAUGGCAGUUUUGCGAGCAAAGUAUGGCGAUGGCGUAGGUUAUGGUAACUCCAUGUACGAGUACUCUUUGCCAAUUUAUAAAGACGAAACUUGCCUCUUCGUGUAA